AUGAAGCUCCUACACCAGGUCGUAGCUAUGCUACCACUUGCUGCGGCAAGCAUAGCUUCGACGUUCAGUUGCUCUAUUCCAAAUUUCCAGUCGUUUUUGGCUGCUAGUGAAACUGCUGGACAAGUAUCAUCUACAGUAGCUUACUUUAACGAUUCCACAUUUAUUCUACCGAGUUUCAGCCGCCAAGUCCCAACUGGCAUGCCUGCAAACUGUGCCGUUCAUCUAAACAUCACCACUGAAGUCAAUACUCAUUUCAGUUUCAUUUUGAUGUUACCUACCAAGUGGAACAGUAGAUUCUUUGGAGCUGCCCAAAGUUGUCAGGGAAUCAAUACAUCGAUGUGGAGUGAAGAGACCUGGGCCAGUGGGGAUAUAGGAGAUAGUAGCGCAUCAAAUUCCGCGAAUCAAUUGUGGUACAUGCAAAACAUUUUAGGACAUACCAACUUUGCCGCCACCGAUCUGUCUUACGAGACCGUCGAGUACGCCGAUGCUACGAAUUCUGGAAACUCAUCAGCCAACAACUUCAAUCUUCCGCCCUUCUAUAAUCGUGGUGGACAAAUACUCAAUUAUCAAGGAUUGGCUGACGGAACUGUUGCUCCUGGUGCCAAUAUGUAUUUCCACGAUCAUGUUACAAGAACUUUGGCCCCGAUGGGUAUAGAAGUUGAUGAUUUCUACCGAUUAUUCUUAGUGCCUGGUCUGACAUUGCACUGGAAUUCUUUCUACAAUGAAUGCUGGUACUUUGCAUGCUCCAAUCAGGCGGCUACAUUGAUUACCUCAGCCCACAGUACACCCGGCUAUCCUGGUCCCCGCCAUGAUGUUCUUCUUGCUCUUAUGACAUGA